UAUAUGAUGGAAAAUGUUUCUGUUGUCACAAUGUUUACCCUCUCUGGUUUAAAGUUUACAUACGUGCAAAGGAUGACCAUUUUUCUGCUCACGUUACUAUGGUAUAUUAUAAUCCUACUGAGCAAUUUCACCAUGAUUGUUGUCAUUGUUAUCGACAAAAAACUGCAUAAGCCAAUGUAUAUAUUCUUGUGUAAUUUAUGCAUCAAUGCUGUGUAUGGAUCUGUUGGCUUUUACCCCAAAUUCCUUGUGGACCUUCUGUCAUCUCAUGUCAUUUCUUAUGCUGGAUGCAUGCUACAGGGUUAUGUAAUUCACUCAUCAUCUUGCUGUGAUUUUUCCAUCCUAGCUCUGAUGGCUUUUGACAGGUAUGUGGCUAUAUGUCGACCUCUGGUUUAUCACUCGUUCAUGAGCAAGCGGAGGGUUUCACUCUUUGUGUUUUUCUCCUGGUUCAUACCUUUAUUUUGUAUGUUUAUGAACACUGCCGUCCUGUUAGGAAGAAAGUUAUGCGGCUCUCACAUAAACAAGGUCUACUGUGUCAACUGGAUGGUGACUAAUCUGGCCUGCUCCCCGCCCACUGCCAGUGGUAUCGUUACAGCGUUCAAUAUCGGGCUUUAUUUUGGACAUUUUUUGUUUAUUUGUUGGUCUUACCUGUAUCUGGUAAAAACGUGCAUUUCGUCCACGGACAUGUGGAAGAAGUUUAUGCAGACAUGCUUGCCACAUUUAAUCUGCCUCAUCACAUUUACAGUGACUGUGCUUUUGGAUCUGUUCUACAUGAGAUUUGGUUCAGCUGCAUUGUCUCAACAUCUGCAAAAUGUAAUGUCGAUGACAUUUCUACUUGUUACUCCAGUUGUGAAUCCACUCAUCUAUGGUUUGAACCUUACAAGCAUUCGCAACAGGAUGUUGAGUAUUUUGUAUACUAAAAAGAAGAUAGGUAUAUUUUAA